AUGCGAGUUCCAGAAAGGAGAGGGAACAUCGGGAGGAAGAUCAGAAGCUGCUUAUUGCACCUGGAAGAUGGCUGGUUGGUCGGUCCCUUUCUCUUUUUUCCCCAGUUGAGUCACGCCUUCAAAUUUAUUUUUUCAAAGGUAGUAGGAUAUACUGAUUUUAAAAAAAUAUUGAUAAAUCAGCCUCCCCGCCCGAUAUCUUGGACAAAUCACAUAUGUUUAAAAUUUGUUCUCUCAUAUUUAUUGGUUUUGCAAAAGAAGGCAUCAUCUCACACAGUAUUUGUAAUUAAAAGCAAAGCAUUUGUUUAA